UCACUAAUAUCAAUUUUGGUGAUGUGUCAAACAAAAAAAAAAUUAGAACCCCACUAAUUAAUUUAUCGAAUAAAACCCAUAGUCUACGUCGAGUUCAUAAUUUUUUCAAAACUAGACAGCUCCCUCCCAGAGCAAGAACGCGGUCAAAACAAGAAACAGAAUACUUAACAAUCUAAAGAUUUAUUUUCCUGGUUUCCAAUUCAGUUUUGCUUUUAACAUGGAUCGUGAUAUAGAGAAGAGAGUCACGGUGGUGACUGAUGACAGAAGAUUAAACCAAUCUGGAUCAUCACCACUUUUCACCGCGUUUGCGGUCAGCUUAUUAACGCUGGUCGUGGUUACCACGUUGUUUCUACUGUCCAAUUUCUCCUCGAUGCAACCGCAGAGAGAUUUCUCAGAGGUGAAGAUAGAGAUCAAGAGAGUGAUUCCACAUGACUUACCUCUGAGGUCCGAGAAGGAAAGUAAAAGCAACUAUCCGACCAAACAGCAAACACAAGUGAUGAUGACGCCACCACCUAACCUGAACACCACAGUGAAGGAGAAGCUCCAAGUUAUUGAGGUUUUUCGUGGAAAUAACUUGUCUGAGAAGUUUCAAAGGAAGACACAGAAGUUUAUCGGUGAAGGAUGUGAAGUCAACUUCGUCAUGACCUGGAUAUCAUCUGCAGAUUUAUUUGGAAAGAGAGAGGUUUUAGCAAUUGAAAGUGUCUUCAAGUCUCAUCCUCAUGGUUGCUUGAUGAUCCUAUCCGCAACCAUGGAUUCUCCAAAAGGCUACACAACCUUGAAGCCGUUUCUUGAUCGUGGCUACAAAGUUGUUGCGGCCACACCGGAUUUGCGUUUUCUACUCAAAGGAACCGCAGGAGAAUCGUGGCUGCAGGAAAUAAAGACCGGGAAAAGAGAUCCCGGAAAGAUACCUUUAGCUCAGAAUCUCUCAAACCUCAUGAGGCUUGCCUACUUGUACAGAUACGGAGGUGUUUACUUAGACACAGACAUGAUCGUUCUGAAAAGCUUCAAAGGGCUUAAGAACGUGAUCGGAGCGCAGAGUCUUGACCCUUCGUCGAGAAAUUGGACGAGACUGAACAACGCAGUGAUGAUAUUCGACAAGAAUCAUCCUCUCUUGCUCAGAUUCAUAGAAGAAUUCGCUCAGAGUUUCAAUGGAAACGUAUGGGGAUAUAACGGACCGUACCUGGUCUCUCGAGUGGCUAGAGCAGUGGAAGGAUCGAGUGGCUACAACUUCACCAUCCUGAGACCUUCUGCGUUGUAUCCUGUGAAUUGGCUCGAGAUAGAGAAGUUCUUCAAAGUGCCAAAGACGGAGAGAGAUUCGAAAUGGAUCAAGGUCAAGCUUGUGCAGAUGCAGAGGAGAAGCUACGGGUUGCAUCUGUGGAAUAAAAUUAGCAGGAAACUUGAAAUCGAGAAAGGAAGUGCCAUGUGGAGAUUGGUAUCAGAGCACUGCGUAAUCUGUGAACUUGGUUCUGCACCAUAUUCGAGUGUUUGAAUUUGUUCCGUUAAAAUCACACAAAAACUUGUUGUAGAUGGAUCAAGGAGAUCAGCGGCGAUAGAAAGAAAUAACUACUACCAAAAAUCAACGAAAUGAAAGAAAAAUGAAAGGUUCAAUACUAAUAGGCUUCUUUUUAAAGCUCAUUAAUUUGGUUGGGUCUACAUUGGGCCUUGUUUAUUUUU